AUGACGAAAUUCAUCUCAGUAAACAAGUACAUGUCAGGACUUAAGGAAGAACUAGACCCAUUCACAUAUUUGAAUGUUUACUUCUACCAUUUUGAAAAGUCUACAUUUGACAAAGUUUGGAACAUCGAACCAGUUAAGUUUGCUAUUGUGACUAAAAAUGGUGCGAAAUUUGAAGACUUAGACAUAGAAGGUUUGUUAACAGUCAAAGAAAGUUUUGACAGAAGGUUUUCAAACCUUAAAGAAGGCAAAGCAUACAAACUUGUUAUACCUUAUGAACCAAAGAAAGCAGACGACUAUGAAUAUUAUGAGUCUAAGAUA